UCUGCUGCUCGGCGGCGCCAGCGCCGCGAUCCGGGCGCCGAGGGGCUGCCAUGGGGCGGGGAGCGGCCGCGGCGGCGGGGCCCGGCUGAGGACGGCGAGCGGCGGCGGGGCGGCCGGCCCUGUGGGCCCGAGCCGGCCCGGGGGCGGCCACGCGGGCGCCCACGUCAGCGAACGGCCUCAGCGUGUGUCCCUCCCAAGCCACCACGCAUCAGCUGCAGACAUGGAGCGUGAGCGGGUCGGCGGGAGCAAGGAGCUGGGCGUGGCCACCCCCUUGUACCGUUGCUCGGCCUGCAAUGGGGACGAGGACUGGGGCCUCGGCCACCCCAUCCGGGGCCGUGCCAAGUCCCGCAGCCUCUCGGCCUCCCCGGCGCUGGCUGGCAAUAAGGAGUUCAGGAGGACCCGCUCACUGCACGGGCCCUGCCCGGUGACCACAUUUGGACCAAAGGCCUGUGUGCUGCAGAACCCCCAGGCCAUCAUGCACAUCCAGGACCCUGCGAGCCAGCGGCUGGCCUGGAACAAGCCGCCGAAGAGUGUGCUGGUGGUGAAGAAGCUGCGGGACGCCAGCCUGCUGCAGCCCUUCAAGGAGCUGUGCUCGUACCUGACGGAGGAGAAUGGCAUGAUCGUGUAUGUGGAGAAGAAAGUUCUGGAAGACCCGGCCAUUGUGAGCGAUGCUCACUUUGGACCAGUGAAGAAGAAGUUCUGCACCUUCCGCGAAGAUUACGAUGACAUUUCCAACCAGAUCGACCUCAUCAUCUGCCUGGGUGGGGAUGGCACGCUGCUGUAUGCAUCCUCUCUCUUCCAGGUGCAGGACCCGCCCACCCCCUACCCCUCGGGCAGUGCCCCCUCCCCCCACCGUCAUGGUCUCUCACACUGGCCCCUCGCAACCCCCCUGCAGGGUAGUGUCCCCCCAGUCAUGGCCUUCCACCUGGGCUCCCUGGGCUUUCUCACGCCCUUCAGCUUCGAGAACUUCCAGCCCCAAGUCAUGCAGGUCAUCCAGGGGAACGCGGCUGUGGUUCUGCGGAGCCGCUUGAAGGUCCGGGUGGUGAAGGAGCUCCGCGCCCAGCCUCCGGCCGUCUCCAACGGUCUGAGUGAGCACCUCAGUGAGCACAGGGUGCCGGCCACCGCCCUGGACGUGGAGCUGGGGAAGCAAGUGAUGCAGUACCAGGUGCUGAAUGAGGUGGUGAUUGACAGGGGCCCCUCGUCCUACCUGUCCAACGUGGACGUCUACCUGGACGGGCACCUCAUCACCACGGUGCAGGGGGAUGGUGUGAUCGUCUCCACCCCCACGGGGAGCACGGCCUACGCGGCAGCCGCCGGGGCCUCCAUGAUCCACCCCAAUGUGCCGGCCAUCAUGAUCACGCCCAUCUGCCCCCACUCGCUGUCCUUCCGGCCCAUCGUGGUCCCUGCAGGGGUGGAGCUGAAGAUCAUGCUGUCCCCAGAAGCCAGGAACACUGCUUGGGUGUCCUUCGAUGGACGAAAGCGACAGGAGAUACGCCAUGGAGACAGCAUCAGCAUCACAACAUCUUGCUACCCGCUGCCCUCCAUCUGCGUGCGAGACCCCGUGAGCGACUGGUUCGAGAGCCUGGGCCAGUGUCUGCACUGGAACGUGCGCAAGAAGCAGGCACAGUUCUCGGAGGAAGAAGAGGGCGGUGCCGACGGCUAGAGCCUCCGUCAGGGACACGGAGGCGGCCUCUGUCCACCACAUGACCUAUCAAUGUUUCAGAUCUGAUUCUUUUUUUGCAUUUCUAAGCGAGGUGCCUAGUGGCGCAGGGGGCAGGCGCUGGGCAGUGGGUCGCCUCCAGGCACUUUCUCUGGAUCAGUGAGGUCCUGGGGGGGGGCUUGUGGUCAAUCAGUCUGUCCUUUGGUGCGAAAGCAAUUGUCACGGCCUAAAUUCUCUCGCUGCACCGAUUCUCCCUGAUUUUGCACCUGUCCUCGGAAUGCUGGAGGGACACUGAGGGACUCAGCGCCAGCCUGUUUUGAUGGAUGGCUAGGGGACUGUUGGUGCCAUGGCUCCAUAGCCCAUGAGCAGAGUAGUGGGGACUGUCUGGUUGAUUCUUCUCAGGAUGUCAGGCUUUUGGGGUCCCCAUCGUCCCUUGAGCGCACACUCCACAUGUGCCCCAGGGCCUAGUAAGGGAUUGCCCCAGGCCUCGUGCUUUUGAUCUGUGGGCCCCGCCGGGCGGGUGCACCUACCAGUAACCCUGGCGCUAGCUGGGCAGGAGGCUCCUGAGUUCCUGGGGGGCCCCGUACCUUCACCUGGCAAUGAUGGGACGGCCUCAGUGGCCCCAUGGUGCCCUUGGCCGGGGAUCUGCAGAGCUGGCCCUGCUCCAGGUGUGCUGACCACUGCCCGAUGCCUGCCCGCGUCUGCACACAGGAAGGAAGGGUGUGCUGACCUUGCAGCGCAUCCCAUGGCCUGGUACCCUAGUGUCCAUACUGUUAAUAUCUCGAAAGUUUGUUCAAUGUUGAAAAGCUUUAUCACUAUUUUCCGAUUCUUUCAAUAAACAGACUUGUUUAAAAAGCUGGA